AUGGACAACAGCAACAAUACAACAGAAGUUGAUGAUUCUCAAACGGUUACGUCGAAUACAACACAACCACCAACAUUAUGCGAACAUUCUCGAAAAAGAAAAUUAGUAUGGAACAUAUUUAUUGUUAUUAUUUUUAUUAUUUCAAUUACAACGGCUCCAAUUGUUGUUCUCUUAAAAACAAAGGCAAACAGUGAAAAAACAUCAACAACAGGUACUCAAAAUGAGACAAUCAUUCAUUUUGAAGUAACACCAUCUAAGAUCAAUCCGUUCAACACUAUAUAUGCUGUGUGGAAUGUAAGCGCAGGUCUUAAUAGUUUACGAGCAUCAGCUGGAACUUCAAUGGGUCACUAUUGGUAUACCGAGUCACCGCAAAACGUAUUUGAUGGUAAUCUAACUAGUGGAAUUUGUUCUUAUGGUCGAUGUAAUUACAUAUAUGAUGCUGAUGAUUGUGGUCAGAAUACAGGUUUGUACGCAACUGCACAAGAUGGCGCAUUCAUUCUGAGUGGAUUCCGCAUUGCAGCGGGACACUUGAAUCGGAAUCGAGAUCCACUUCUAAUCACUAUUGAAGGCAGUAAUCUAGCUGGCUCAACUCUUACACUGGGAUCAAGUUGGACAUUAAUUUACAGUGGUACUUCAGGUCUAUCAAUUGAUCCUGGCCGAAAUGCUUUUGGGCAAACACAAGUAAUUGCUAAUAACAAUUUAGCAUUUACAAGUUACCGUAUUCUCAUCAUUCGAAAACAUGGCUAUGAUACAUGCGUUGGAAUUUCUGAAAUUCAGCUCUUGAAUCGCUAA